AUAGUGAUUCUUCUUUAUGGGAAGGUUAUUUUCAUUCUCUGUUUCUCAGACCUUUUCCUAUAGAUGGGAACGGGGGAAGGAGCCCAGACGUGGCAACUCAUUCACAGGCUCCUGCAGGACCACCAUGGCUUAUGAUGGCACCAAGAAGAAAGAAGAGUUCCUAGAGAGUCACCGAAGUGCUGAUGACGUGCUGGCACCUGGCAGGAUACAGAGAGAGAAAAAGCGCUCAUACAAGGAUCUUCUGCAAGAGGAAGAUGAGAUAGCAACUCAGGUAGAAACCCUCAGAGAAAAGGUUCAAGGUGUAAGGACAUGCAUAAAGGACAGUGAGUUUUUUCCGGGGACAGAAGCUCAUAAAAAAAAGAGAAAGCAUUCCUCUGAUGAGUUCUGCUACAGAGGUGUCUCGCCUUUGGAUCUACCAUCAAAGAAGAAGAAAAAAGCAGCUUCUAGCCCAUCCUCAGCUGAUACAAACAUGGAUUUACUCAAGGCUAUCAACUCACCUUUGGCCACAAGCUCAAAGUCUUCAAAGAGGACCUCUGAAAAAUCAUCUCAUUCUUCCUCUGGCCAUUCUGAAAGCAGAAAGGAGCAUCCCAAGAAGAAGCUGAGUGGGAGCAGUGGGGAGCACUCAGUGGAUGAUGGCAGCUCCCACAAAUCUAAAAAGAUGAAACCUCUUUAUGUGAACACGGAGACACUUACUCUUCGUGAACCUGAUGGCUUGAAGAUGAAGCUCAUCCUUUCACCAAAAGAGAAAAGUAGCGCAGCAGAUGAUGAUUCUUUAUCCUACUCUUCAGCACCAGCAGCUGCAAAGAAAUCGUCAAAGAAAUCAGCUCGAGAUGAGCAAGGCUCAUUUCUGCUGGGGCACGAUCUGCAGAGCUUCCUGAAGUCAUCCCGGAAAAAGCACAAACCUCCUCCGGACUCACAUCCACCUUCUGAGAGUUUCGGUGCUGACACCUCCCUUCAUUCAGAGGGCCAUGGAAGUGAGUACGAAGUUUCAGGUAUGGAGGCACCGCCAGAAUCUGGUUCUUCUUCUGGUGGAGAGUUGGAGGCUGGAGAGCUGGUGAUAGACGACUCCUACCGGGAGAUCAAGAAGAAGAAGAAGUCAAAAAAAAGUAAGAAAAAAAAGGACAAGGAGAAACACAGAGAGAAGAAGCACUCCAAGUCUAAAAAGAGUUCUGGGCACUCUCCUGUGGCAGUAGGAGAAGUAAGAGUGUCACCACCACCUCCCAGUACCCCCUAUGUUAUCCCUCCACCUCCUGCUGUUUUCCACUCAGAUGGUCAAGGUGAGAAGAGGAGGAAAAAGGAAGACAAGGAGAAGGACAAGGCUGAGAAAUGGGAAAAGCCAAAGAAGAAAAACAUGUCUGCCUAUCAGGUGUUCUGUAAGGAAUAUCGUACAACUAUUGUGUCUGAGCAUCCUGGAAUAGAUUUUGGAGAGCUAAGUAAAAAACUGGCAGAAGUGUGGAAGCAGCUACCUGAGAAGGAUAAACUGAUCUGGAAACAGAAAGCUCAGUAUCUCCAACAUAAGCAGAAUAAAGCAGAGGCCACCACUGUGAAGAGAAAAGCAUCAUCUUCAGAUGGUGCCCCGAAAAUGAAAGCUUCUCCAACAGGAGUUAUUUCUCCUCACAAAAAAUCCCCCACCAGCACUGUGGUGGUGCCUUCCUCACCAGCCAAAGUCCCUGAGACAGAUCCCAUUGAUGUAGCUGCACAUUUACAGUUGCUGGGUGAAUCUCUGAGCCUCAUUGGACACAGACUGCAGGAAACAGAGGGAAUGGUGGCUGUUUCAGGAAGUUUGUCAGUACUCCUGGAUUCAAUCAUCUGCGCUUUGGGCCCGUUGGCAUGUCUGACCACACAACUGCCUGAGCUGAAUGGCUGCCCAAAGCAUGUUUUGUCAAACACACUAGACAACAUUGCCUACAUCAUGCCUGGACUUUGAUGGGAAAGGAUCCUGGGAUGUACUCAACCUCUGUGUAACUGACUUGUGUACAUGCACUACACCGACGCUCCCAAAGGGCUCCGUGUGGAGGCUUUUAAAGUUUUGUAUAUGUAUAGUAUAUACAUAGGAUUGUAACUAUUUGAUUUCUAUUUUAUGAAAAGUUGUGAAGUUAAGCUGAGAAAACCCUUUUGUGUUGGUGGGUGAAAUGUCCUCCAAUCUGAAAGUAUUUUGUAUGAAGAAUUCAGAAAGCUUUUGAGAUAUUCGCCUUAAAUUCAGAUUUGGUGGGGGAAGCAAACAGAGAAUGGACUUCUUGAUAUAAAGAAGAAAGCUGUCACCAUGAGAGGGGUCAUUGGAACAGGUGGCCCAGAGGGGUUCUUGAGUCUCUUUCCUUGAUGAUAUUCAAAAACUGAAUGAGCAGCCUGCUGCAGUUGGACUUGUUUUAGAGAGAUGGACCAGAUGAUCUCCUGAUAUCCCUGCCUAAACUAAAGUAUUCUGAUAUUCUAUGGGCAGGUAGAGAUGAUAAUAUAUUUUGGACCAAGGAAUAGAACUGAAUUCUUCACCAGCCCUAUUUGUAACUUUUUUUCUGUUUAAAACCCACUUCUUGAGCAGGAAGCUGGAUAGGUUUUUGCCUCUUUCUUUUGGUCACUUUCUCCAACCCCUACUCCUCAGUUAGUAAUAACUGAAAGUUGUCAGUGUCGGCUGGCUGGUCUGGUAGCUGUCAUUAGAAGUGAAGUAGAAAAUGACAAGAAAUUUUAUUUUUUUCUGUGGACUCCUACUCAAAUCAUCAUUAGCACAAUGUAUCAACCCAUUGUGUUGGCUUGAGAGAAUGAACCUCCUGCUGAUUCUUCCACAGCAUGGUCAGUCUGCUUUGAUGGAAAGGAGUAGAGAAGCAGAUGGGACAAACUUGGAUUGUUUCUGCCUGUCUUGCACCUGUUUUGUGAAAUGGCUCAUCCCCCAUCCCUCUCACCAGCACUGUUGCAGGAGCUGUGCUGCUGCUGCAAGGCAGUAGCCAGUGGCCAGUCUGAAGCAGUUACGGCCACGUAAGGCACGUGUGGGUUGAUUGGGGCAGUUUCCCUUCCUUCCUGCCACAUACUUGGAGUUUGGUUUUCUGCUCCUCUGGAAGAGGAGCCGCAGGAGAACACUUGAUUCCUGUUUAGGCUUUUGUCUGUGUGUAUGUAUGUGUAUGUGGUGUUCAUAUCACAUGUAUUUAAAUUUUACCAAUAUCUGUAACAGAUUUUAAUUUAUCCUGUAUAUUUCUCUGUGUGUGUGUGUGUAUAUAUUUAUAUAUAUAUACAUAAUUUAAAAGCAAAAAUUCCUCCCUCAGCCAACAGUGUGUGAAAAAUGUGAAUCAAGUUUGCCUCACCUCAUUUCCUGCAGGAAUCAACUCUGUGUAUAGUAGUAAGCAUGGGCAUUGUGUAAGGAAACACCAGGAAGAUUCUAAACGUUUUUAGAAACAGGCUAUCUUGUGAAGGUAGGCAGAACAACUGAAAUAUCAUUUGACUCAGGCCUUACCAGCUCUGUAACAGAAAGGUUUUAAAAUUACAGAAGAGGCAUUUUUUACUUCCACGUAAGUCUAGUUUCUGUUUUUUAGGACAGCUGAAAGUAACCUGUCCCUCACUGUGGCUGAGCCACAAAUCAGAAGUAAAUUAAAUCCUGGGGUGUGGAGGAGGGUUUUUCUCCCCAUGCCUCUUUGCCACGUAUUCCACAGAUGUGCCUGUACAAGGUAGUCUGUCUCCUACAGAUCUUUUCUCAGUGCAGUGAGGGGUUUUCUCAGCAGGGGAGGUGCAGAAGGUUCUCAGACCACCAGGCCAGAACACAUGUUUUAACAGCUUAGGACAAAUCCCAAUGAGCCUGGAAAUAGGAAGGGCCCAGGAGAGAGGCAGCCCAGUCGUGCUUCAUAUCCUGGCCCAUAUUAAAUCAUCUGCUGUUGUGAGCAGCACAAAAUAACCGGCUCUUUCCAGCCCUUUACAGUUGAGAGCAUUGUGGUGAAGGGGUAGAUCUUCUGAAGAAACAGAAGGGGAUCAACUCUAGCUUUGUCCUCUGUACAACAGAAAACUCUUGAGGAGUGAAAAAUACGCACGACCCUGGUGUAUUGUAUUUUUAUUAAAAUUUGUACACUUUGUAUAAUCUGUAUCUUGUGGUAUUUGGUACUAUAGGGAAACUUUGUCAAGACUUAGCAGUUUUUAUAUUUUUGUUAUUUCUUUGCUGUUUGGUCCAGAUUACAUUACAAUUCUACACAGACUUUUUUGUACUGUACUUACAAUAUAAUUUUUUUUU